UACAAGCUUCCUGGCCCUCGGAUCAACUGGUUUGAUUCGAUUUGGCCCUGUGACAAAGGAAGACUUUCUGCACACUCAUACUUUAAAGAAUAUUUCGAGACUCGCUCCCGGAUAUCUGCGGAGCUGAACGCACAGAGCCCGUUCGGACUGACGGUGGAGAUGUGCGCUUGGACAAUGCUUCACAUCAGUGGAAGGAUAUAUUUACUAUCAUCAUUUGAACCAUAAAAGAAAGUCCUUUCGGAUUUUUAACGAGACACCCCUGAAACAUCACACAGCGUCGGUUACUUCUUUCCCCCCACAUAGCUCUGUAAAUGCUCAGUUCGUUUGUGGCGCUUUGGAGGAGCGCAGCGCGUUGAAGUGGACCUUUUCUUGUGUGCCAAAGUGCUUUAGCUGCCUAACUCAGUGUUUUUUCAACUGCUUCAAGAAAGUGUUACCAGCCGAUCGGAGCAGGGUGUAAAUGUUUGGAAUCCAGGAACAUCUGAUUCGUGAAGCGAGCGGAUUAAAAGAAAGAGGUCUUGGAGAGGAGAUGGAUCCAGUCCGGUCGUGGGUGCGCAAUGUUGGGGUUGUGGAUGCGAACGUCGCAGCGCAAAGUGGAGUGGCCCUGUCGAGAGCUCAUUUCGAGAAGCAGCCGCCCUCAAAUCUCCGCAAGUCCAACUUCUUCCACUUUGUCCUGGCGCUCUACGACAGACACGGCCAACCUGUGGAAGUGGAGAGGACUGCGUUUGUGGACUUUGUGGAGCACGAAAAGGAGCAGACGGGAGAAAAGACCAACAACGGUACUCACUACAAGCUGCAGCUCCUCUACAGCAAUGGGGUUCGCACUGAGCAGGAUCUUUAUGCACGACUUAUCGACUCCGUCACUAAACAGCCCAUAUCGUAUGAGGGACAAAACAAGAAUCCAGAAAUGUGUCGAGUUCUGCUCACACACGAGGUUAUGUGCAGUCGCUGUUGUGAGAAGAAAAGUUGUGGCAAUCGAAAUGAGACGCCGUCCGAUCCAGUCAUCAUUGACAGGUUUUUCUUGAAGUUUUUCCUGAAAUGUAACCAGAAUUGUCUGAAGACAGCAGGAAACCCAAGGGAUAUGAGGAGAUUUCAGGUGGUCCUGUGCAGCACUGUGAGUGUAGACGGUCACGUCCUAGCCGUGUCUGACAACAUGUUUGUCCACAACAACUCAAAACAUGGCAGAAGAGCUCGAAGACUGGAGCCAGGCGAGUCUGUCGAGAAUACGAUGGAAUAUGCUACCCCAUGUAUCAAAGCCAUCAGUCCGAGUGAGGGCUGGACCACUGGAGGUGCAAUGGUCAUAGUCAUUGGGGAGAACUUUUUUGAUGGGCUACAAGUGGUGUUUGGAAGCAUGCUCGUGUGGAGCGAGCUGAUCACACCACACGCUAUCCGUGUCCAGACACCUCCGAGACACAUUCCCGGGGUUGUGGAAGUCACACUGUCUUAUAAAUCUAAGCAAUUCUGCAAAGGAGCACCCGGGCGCUUUAUCUACACAGCUCUUAAUGAACCAACCAUAGAUUAUGGCUUUCAGCGUCUUCAGAAGGUUAUUCCUCGACACCCUGGUGACCCAGAGAAACUAGCUAAGGAGAUCCUCCUGAAAAGAGCAGCAGAUCUUGUGGAAGCUUUGUAUGGAAAUCCACACAGUAAUCAGGACAUGCUACUGAAACGAGCAGCUGACAUUGCCGAGGCGCUCUACAGUGUUCCCCGUCCUCACAGUCAGCUGCAGGCACUGCCCAGUUCACCAGCCCACGGCAGCGUCAUGGGCCUGGGCUCCUAUCCCUCUCAGUUGGGUGUGAGCAUCGGAGAGCCAGGACAGAGCAGCCAGGGUUACAUUCGCAACUCGAGCAGUUUGUCUCCAAGGGGUUACCCGUCAGCCUCAACUCCCCAGCAGUCAACCUAUGGUACUAGUGGAGGGAUGACUGGAGGCUAUGGGACAGUUCCCAUGACUAGUCUAGGUGUUCCUGGAUCUCCUGGUUUUAACAGUGCCUCCCCCACUGGCUCUCCCUACAUAAUGCCCUCUAGCCCCACUAUACCAGGAAGCUCCAGCUCCUCAUCUUCUCUCUUGCCUUUCUCCUCCUUCCCGUCUGCUGCUAAACAGAAGAGUGCUUUUGCUCCCGUCCUCAGGCCCCAAGGCUCUCCCUCCCCUGCCUGCCCCGCCUCAGGGGGGAACAGCUUCAGAGGUAGUCAUCCAACUCACUAUCUGACCCCCCUGUCUGAACUUAUGAAUGCAGUCUAACCCCUUGUACUAACUCGAAAGCUUUGACUGAACAAGACAGAAAACAGUUGCUGGAUGUAGAAUAAUGCAAGAGCUGAUUGAGUCGAAUCAUAGAUUUUGUAUAUUUUUUUCUCUCCAGCAAUGACGGGCCUGGUUGUUCCCCCGAUGUAGCAAAGCACCCCCAAUCUACCCCAGACCACUGCUUCACUUAGCCCCUCUUUUGGCACUACGAGGGCAGGGAGAAUGGAAAAUUGAUCACUAGCGACCAUGUACUGUAUAUCUUCCCUCCCCAACCCUGUAUGCUCGCCUUUUCUUAGUCCCUUUUUCAUCCGUCUGGAUGAACAGCACGGGGUAUGAAAAUGUCCAAAGACCAGCUAUCCACUGCAGACACGGAGGAGAAUAAUCCACCCACAACCACAGAGACCAUCCUUAGCAAGCAGCACUAGACUGGACCACAUUCGGUUGUGUACGUGCGUGUGUAAUGAAGCCUCGGAAAAGAAACAGAUGAAGACUGCUUCGAAUUUCGCCUCAAGCUUCAAAAGCAUCUGUGUUGACUUCUGACCAACCAUCACAUGCAGUAUUCACCUUUUUUCCUCAACACCUGCGCAAAACCACGGCCAGAGUUUUACAGGACGCACAACGAGAGCACUGAACACUGAUGGACGACAGACAACUCAGAUAAAAAGUUGCAGCUCUAAAAAGCAGGGUGCUAUUCUGUCUGCGUAUGGACACGUUAAACGGCAUGUGUGUAAACCGUCUGUGAGUUAGUGAGAGGUUUUUUUGUAGUAGACUUUUUGAAGACAAUUUACAUUCCAGAAAAACAAACCCUUUAUUUUUUGUUCUGAUCGUUACGGUUUUUCAAGGGAGAGCUCUUUGUCUCAAGGGUUAUUACUAAAGGAAUUCAUAUAUUGAUUUAUUUAAAAACAAGCAAUUUAACUUAUUAUUGUUAGUUUAGGUAAUAAUAUAAACGUGUUUUUAUACAGUGAUACUUUUUCCAGCUGUUACUGACAUGAAUUUAUCUCAGCAGUUACUAAUGAAUUUGAUGAAUGAUCAGCAGAGAAGAUGAAUUUGUUUUUUCUUUUUAAGUAAACAUCCCCAGUUUGCAGGAUCUUGCAUAAUGAUAUAUAUGUUGCAGAAGGUGAUUCUCCUUGUGUAAAGGAAAUGUUAGUUAGCCUUAUCCCUUUUUAAUUUCACUUUAAAUGCAUGCUCUCUUACACCGAUGCCCUGGUACUUUUUCACUCCAUGUUACAAAUUUAAAUAUAUACGACUGUGACUUUUACAUUUUACACAUCCAUGUUAAAUGUCUCAGCCCUGUACAGGUCUCUAGUCACUAUGCAGUACGGUAAAUAAAAGCACAAAUGCUCAAAAAGAAAGAAAAGAAGCGGGCGUAUUAGAUGUUCACUGACCCUCAUCAUUCUGUUUUUACUUGUACUUCCUUACUUACAUUUUUUUCAGUAUGACACAAACUGCAUUCUCAGGACUCGAAAAACGAAGAACACAAAGAACAGAUGACUCUUGCAAAAUUGUUUUUAGAGUUUGGUUAAUUUUAUUUAUUUAAAAAUUAUUAGCAAUUUAUUAUUAUGUUUUUGAAGCCAUCUUUCUUUGAAAUGAUACAAAAAAUAGUUGCAAAUGUGAUUUGUAUAUCUCAAGGUGUAAUUAUAUUUUGUGCUCCAAAUAAAAUGGAUACU